AUGGCGGUUAUCCAGAUCAGUAUCAUCUCAGAUGUCAUAUGCCCAUGGCGGGCGAUUGAAAUUUUCCAGAAGACGUAUCCGGGCGGCUCCCGAGAUACAUUUGAAAUCAACUGGAAGCCGUACUUCAUUGACCAGGAGGCACCGACGGAGAGUGAGCUGAUUCAAGACCGAAUGCUCCGCCGCAUGCAAGAUCCCAAAACGGUCGCCGCCGCGCAGACCCGUCUCGCACGCGCCGGGCGCGAGGUCGGCCUGCAUCUGAAAUUCGGCGGGGCGGUGGGCAGUUCCCGGCUGGCGCAUCAGGUGCUGCAGGUCGUGGGGGCGGAAAAAGGUAGCGCGAUGCAGUGUCGCGUGGCCGAGAGCUUCUUCCACUGCCAGUUUGAGCGGGAGUUGGAUACUAGCGGUGUUGGGGUGGUGCUGGAGGCGUGUGCGAUGGCGGGGCUGGAUGGGGCGGAGGUGCGGGGGUGGUUGGAGGCGGGGAUGGGGAAGGAGGAGGUGGAGCGGGAGGAGCGGGAGGAGCGGAGGGCGGGGGUGCAGGGGGUGCCGCGGUUUGUGGUUGGGGAGCGGGAGGUUGAUGGGGCGGUGGAUUUUGCGGAGUUGUUUGAGGCGUUUGUUGUUGCGAGGGAGGGGGUGGAAAGCGCCCAUGGUUGA